UAAGAUGAAGAGAAAUCAUCACUUUGACUUUAACCAUCCGUUUAAUCCAUGCCCUUUUGAGGUGUUCUGUUUGGGGACAUGGAAGGCUGUGGAGUACUUAAGGAUAAAAAAUGGAACGAUGAUGACGCAUCUCUUGGAGAACAGACAAGUGUUAGAUAAUAUUAAACCAUCCCAGAAGCUUCGUCUUAGAUCAAGGAAGGCCACUUUGGUCGACUGUAUAUCUUUACUAAGACCUGGUCUUGAUGUUUGUGUUCUCUAUCAGAAAGAUGUCACUUUGGAUGAAGAAACUACAGAGCCGGUUUGGGUGGAUGCAAGGAUAUUGUCUAUUGACAGGAAGCCUCAUGAAUCUGAAUGCUUGUGUAAAUUUAAUGUUAGUGUGUAUAUAGACCAAGGCUGCAUCGGUUCGGAGAAACAAAUAAUGAAUAGAGGUUCAGUCUUCAUGGGACUCAACCAAAUCUCUAUGCUACAAAAGUUUUGCAAGGAACAAAGCUCGGACCAUUACUACAGAUGGAGAAACUCAGAGGAUUGUACUUUGCUGGUGAAAAAAAGGACUAAAUCUGGGAAAUUUUUGCAUGAUCUUACUUGGUUGAUUGCUACAUCAGUUUUGAAAAUCAUUGUGUUUCAGAUCAGAACCGUUCAUGAGAGGAUGGUUUAUCAAAUUGUGACAGAUGAAGAUUGUGAAUGCUCUAGUAGCUUUUUGAGUGCUAUAAACAUCACGGUCAAAGACGGUGUUUCCAUGUCUAAAGUUGUUUUGUUCAAUCCAGCUGAGGAUACUAAUAAAGAUACUGAUGUAAAUGAGGAGAUUCAAGAUGAGGUAAUGGAGAUGCGUCGAUCUAAAAGAAGAAGGGCGCCAGAUAAAUUUGCUGACUUUGUGUGUCAACCAAAUUCAAAGGAUGGAUGGGUAACGAUGAUGCCAUAUAGGUACAACACAUGGACUGCUUUAAAUGAUGAUGAAGAUAAUAAAGAAGAAUAUUUUGAUGAUGAUAGAGCUCUCAAUGACGGUUUAAACUUACCGUUAUCGCAUUUUAUUGGAGAAAAGAGAAGCACACAUGGAUUUAGUAAGGAUAAGCAAAGAGAGAUUGUUUUGGUAGACAAAAAUAAAAAUAGGAAGAGGAAGAAAACAGAUGGAUUUUGUAGAAAUCGUGAGCUUUCGGUUAUUCCCUUCACUCCCGUAUUUGAUCCUAUACCGUUGGAACAGUUUGGUCUCAAUGCAAAUAGUUUGUGUGGUGGUUUCUCUGGAAGUCAUUUGAUGGAUGAGAUCGAUAAUUAUCGUAGUAAAGUAGAAAAAUAUGGGAAAGUAAGAUGUCAAGAUGUUAUGCAUGUUCUUGACUGUUUAGACAAAAUCUAGAAAUGGCAUGCAGAGCCAAGUGUUCUUGUAAUGGGUUACACAUCGUUUCUAACAUUGAUGAGGGAAGAUUCAAAGUUUGCUCAUAGAAAAUACAUGGCUAAAGUACUGAGAGAGUCUCCUGGUUUACUGGUUUUAGACGAGGGACAUAACCCGAGGAGUACCGAGUCGAGAUUACGAAAGGCUUUGAUGAAAGUUGAUAUUGAUUUGAGGAUUCUUCUUUCGGGUACAUUGUUUCAGAACAACUUCUGUGAGUACUUCAAUACCUUGUGCUUGGCUAGACCCAAGUUUGUUUACGAGGUUCUAAUUGAGUUGGAUCAGAAGUUCCAGAAAAACCAAGCUGUGCAAAAGGCGCCUCCCUUGCUUGAAAAAAGAGCUUGGAAGUUCUUCCUUGACAUUAUAGCCAAGAAGAUUGACAGAAAAGUGGGCGAUGAACGCUUGCAAGGUCUCAACAUGUUGAGAAAUAUGACCUCUGGUUUCAUCGAUAACUAUGAAGGGAGCGGAAGCGGAAGUGGUGGUGUCCUUCCAGGUUUGCAGAUUUACACAUUGUUGAUGAAUUCUACAUCUAUACAACACGAAAUUCUUACCAAACUUCAGAACAUAAUGUCGACUUACCAUGGAUAUCCACUCAAGCUCGAGUUACUCAUAACGUUAGUACCUGCUAUCCAUCCUUGGUUGGUCAAAACCACUACCUAUUGCACCAAAUUCUUUAAUCCUCAGGAGCUUUCCUAGAUUGAGAAGCUCAAGCACGAUGCAAAGAAAGGAUCAAAAGUCAUGUUUAUGCUUAACCUUGUGCUCCAAGUGGUCAACAAGGAGAAAAUCAUCAUCUUUUGCCACAACAUUGCGCCGAUUUGCCUAUUUCUUGAGUUGUUUGAGAAAAUUUUCAAGUGGCAAAGAGGCCGAGAGAUCCUGACCUUGAUAGGGGAUCUUGAGCUGUUUGAGAGAGGUAGAGUGAUAGACAAAUUUGAAGAACCAGGAGGCGAGUCCCGUAUUCUGCUGGCUUCAAUCACGGCCUGUGCAGAAGGCAUCAGUCUAACCGCUGCUUCACGGGUGAUCAUGGUUGAUUCAGAGUGGAAUCCUUCUAAGACAAAGCAAGCAAUCGCACGUGCAUUCAGACCGGGACAACAGAAAGUUGUGUACGUUUACCAGCUCUUGUCCAGAGGAACACUUGAGGAAGACAAAUACAAGAGGAAAACUUGGAAAGAGUGGGUCUCAAGUAUGAUUUUCAGGGAAGAAUUUGUGGAGGACCCAUCUCAGUGGCAAGCUGAGAAGAUUGAGGACGAUGUUCUUAGAGAAAUUGUGGAGGAAGACAAAGUCAAGUCCUUCCAUAUGAUUAUGAAGAAUGAGAUUCAACAAAUGGCUGAUUGCGGAACUUGUACAAUUCAACUCUCUGUUUCACCAUGCAUUUAGUGAUGAUUCUUUAACAGCUU